AUAGAUCACACAAGAAGACGAAGCUACUCUAUGUGUGCAAAGGUUUCGCGUGCUCCCGUUCGACUGCGGGAUCAAGCAAUUAGACUUUUCGUUUAGUCAUAUCGGAAUCUUUGAAUUUGCAGGUCGGAUUAAGUACUUUUGUUAAGGACGUGUCUGAAGCUUUGAUGUACAUGCUGAUCCGAGAUCAGAUUACAGCUUUUGAUCUGAGCUUUUACUGUUGCGCUUGACUCGGGACGAGUUCAGACCUCAGCGGUGAGGGCAGUGGAGCACAUCCGAAAGAACUUUUCAUAUAAAACGGGAAUCUACGAAGCAAGAUUGUAAUUGUAGAGUGUACGUGGGAAAGACCUCUGAAAAUGCUCCGGUCACCGAUUCUCUUCUUAUUUCCACUUCAGAGGACACUUGUGCUUCUAUUGAGCAUUAUGUUUGCAGUAAGGUCAGAGGAGAGAAGAGAUUGCAGGGAACAGGAAUACAAGGAUAACUUUGGGAACUGUAUUCCCUGCCGGCAAUGUGAUGCAGGACAGGAGCUUUCAAAGGAAUGUGGCUUUGGCUAUGGAGAGGAUGCCCAGUGUGUGCCCUGUCGAGCCAGUCGCUUCAAAGAGGACCGCAGCCUGCAGAAAUGCAAGCCCUGUCUGGACUGUUCCCUCCUCAACCGCUUCCAGAAGGGCAACUGUUCCACCACAAAAAACGCCAUAUGCGGAGACUGCCUGCCCGGAUUUUACAGAAAGACAAAGUUAAGUGGAUUCCAGGAUAUGGAGUGUAUACCUUGUGGAGACCCACCACCACCUUAUGAGCCGCACUGUAUCAGGCGAGUGAAUCUGGUUCCUCUGCAGUCAACAGUGGCCAGCCCCAGGGACAUGGCUCUUGCUGCAGUGAUCUGCAGUGCUCUGGCUACUGUCCUCCUGGCCCUCUUCAUCCUAUGUGUGAUCUACUGUAAGAGACAGCUGCUGGAGAAAAAAACUGUUUCCUUGCAGUCUCACGAAGGUCCUUAUGUGGGGUCUGAGUUGUCUUGUCUGGAUCGUAGAGUGCUCAAGUUCUCCCAGCGGCCAUGUUGUCACUGCCAUCAGGCUUCAGGACAUACCUGCGGUCCUGCGCACCUGAUCCCAUCUCUAUGCUGUGAUGACACCUGGAGCCAGGGCCACGGUCGUGAGUCUCGUCCCUUUCACUCUCAGAGCAGUCUCAAUGAAAGUCUAGUGAAUCCAUCUCUGGGAACCAGUCAAGCAGAUCUGUGCUGUGCUCCAGAACCCCUCUUAGAAGAUGUCCCUCUCUCCGAGGCAUGGUCACUCGUACAGAGCACCAGAACCCCAGAUUAUGUCCGCUGCAGCUCAGAUUCCACACAGAGAUGUUCCUCCUGUGAAGACGACGAGGAACAUGACCUGCAAAGCUCAGGCCUGGUCUCAGCUGAGCUUGAGGAUGGGACAAACUGUCUAUAAUUGAAGGAUGACUUACUCUUAUCUCACCUGCUGUUGGUCUUUGAAAGCCACUCUGGAGGUAAAAAGAGAAAAGGAAGAUCCCCACUCAGAUAUCAUUAGGCCACACACACUGAAAACGAGUGUUUUGUCAUCUUUCUCCAGCAGUCUGUGAGAGCUCAACCACAGCAGUCUACAGAGACUUUAUUAAUAAGUGUCAACAAAACCACACAAGACAAAACAACUCUUGAGAAGCUGAGGGAAGCUUUUUGGAAGUGUAUUGUAAAGAAAGCAUUACAACUAGCCGCUAGUUAUACUGUAUAUCCCUGCACUGACUACCUAUUCAGAUGGGUUGAAGUUAAAGAGCACCUAUUAUGGUUUUUAAACGUGCCUAAUUUUGUUUUAAAGGUCUCAUACAAUAGAUUUACAUGCAUCCAAGUUCAAAAACAUGACCUGCACUUUAGUUUGCUCAUAAUUUAAAUUGCAGCAUUAACAUUUUUUCCCAGUGUCAAAAACGACUUGUUCAAUGAUCCGUUCUAAAGGAUUAAUUCUAAACUCCUACUCUGCUCUGAUUGGUCAGAUGUCCCAGUCUGUUGUGAUUGGUCUAACGCAUAUGGCACUUUUCCACUACAUGCUAGGGUUCGACUCUGCUCGCUUUACUUUUCUGAGCUUACUUUUCCACUACAGUUUAGUGCCGCCUCAACAUGGGUGGGAUUAUAGGCUGAUUGUCAUAGAUGCGCCGCCUCUACUGCCGUGACAUCAUCUUAAACACGACACAAACAUUACUGACCAUAAACAAUAGCACGACCGCUAGCCGUUAGCUACUAGCUCAUUGUGCUGCAUAAAGCAGUUGUUGCAUGUUUUUUUUUUUACUUUUCCCUACUCUGUUGGUAGGUCCGGUGGUAGCGGUGUGCAGCCAACAGCUGAGACACUUCCUUAAAGACUUUUUCGUUUUGCGUCAUUUCGUUUGUCGCUAAAAAGAGGAACGUCUGCACCUUGUUUAUUGACCAUGGCGUGGUUUUGCGCACAGCCAUUUCUUUUUACAAUUCGAAAGUCACGUGAUCAAAUGAUACUGCUAUCGCUGUUGCUAACUUUAAAACUAGCGGGUUGAUGUCCCGUGUCACAAAUCCAGUGACGCAGGUAGUGACGACUCUCUCUGACCAAUCAGUGAUCUGCAGUCAAUUUAUUAUCGUCUUGGCUCGCUUGGAACCUCAAACAAGGUGGUACAAAAACAAAAAGUACCAGGUACUAUCCACAGUGGAAAACCCCCCAAAAGCGAGCAGAGUUAAGCUAUACCGUGCAGUGGAGAAGCCCCUUUAGUGUAGAAUUUGAGGGCAGAUCAAAGCUGUUCGCGAGCAGCCAGUGAAGACCAGAGGCGGGUUUUUUGUUACCAAAUUACGUAGGUUAGUACAGGAAGUCUGGAAUUACUAAAGUCUCAUUUCAGGUGUUCAGAAUUGGUUCUUUCUUUUGGGAGUUAAUAACUCCAUUUGACAUGCACUUUGAGUUUUGAAACUUUGCAGACUUUUUUUUUUU